AUGGAGCGACAAGAAUACCCGCGCAUGCUGCCGCAACUGCAGCCCGGGCAAGCGGUGGAUGUCCUGAACGAUCGCGUACGGCAGAUUGAUAGACUUAAUGUAUCACUGGCGGAUUGGCUUCAGGAGCGGAGACGUCUUGAGGAGCAGUAUUCGGCAGGCCUGAGGAGACUUGCCCAACGACAUAUCAAUGAUGUUGACCUUGGCAUUUUCUCCGUGCCAUGGGCCACUCUUACCGGCGCAGCGGAUACCAUGUCCGACUCGCACUCUGCGCUGGCCGCGAAGAUCGAGAUGGAUGUAGAACAGCCUUUGCGCAACUUUGCCUCGUCAAACCGAGAAAUGCAAGCCAUGUCGACAAUGCAGGGUAACUUGGGCGCGAUGGCAAAAGAAGUAGAUAAGGCUCGACAGAAGGCUGAGAAAGUACAGCACAAGGGCGACAGAGCAGAGGCGGGAAGAGUAGCAAACGCCUCGUCUGAUGUGGAGAAUGCGCAGACGCAGUGGGAAUCCCAGGCGCCCUACGUCUUCGAGAACUUGCAAGCGCUGGACGAGGCACGACUUAACCACCUGAGAGACGCGAUGACGCAGUUUCAAACGCACGAGGUAGAUCUGGUGCAGAAGAGUCAGAGUACGGCAGAGCACUGCUUGAACGUUCUCUUGAGCCUGCAAACUGAGGAUGAGAUCAAGACUUUCGCGCUGAAAGCGGUGUCUGGACGCCCAAGAGCUGAUCGAUCGCAAAGGGCGAGCAUAGCCCAGGCGCCGCCGUCGCGGGCUGGCACGUCCUCGACUAAUUUGACUCCAACCAUUUCGCAGCCGGAUGACGACAGCUUACGGUCCGGUUCGGUGCAAGAGGAGAAGAAGAAGAGUCGUUUCGGCGGUCUUAAGCGUCUUGGUACCAUUACUGGUGGUAAGAAGCGCGAGAGCAAGAUGGUGCCCUCCAAUCUGGCUCCGACGGCGGAAUCCCCGGAGCGCAAACCUAAAUCGUCACCUUUCAACCCGCUUGGAGGAAGGUUUGGGAGGAAUAGGGACAAUGCCAACCUUGAGCCGACAGUGGACGCCGCCUCUUCGCGUGAGCGCCCCUUCUCGCCACAGCGGAUUGGUAGCGAGGCACUCGACGUACCCAGAGUGGCCGCUGAGCCGGUAAGCCCGUCGCCGCUCGACAGGGUGCGUGAAGCGCCGCAGACUAAUGGUACCGCUGCCACGUUUGGUGGCGCACCUCAAUUGGCGAUUCCGAAUGGUAGCCAUCAAGUCGACCUUGCGGAUCUUGAGCCUCCGAAACCGAGCCAGCCACAGCCACAACCGAUCCCGGAAAUGGCAGGGGAUUCGGAGGGCUAUUCGUUACCACCGCAGACUCUUGACCCCAUUUCGCAAGCGCAGGCGGAAGCUGCCGCGGCCGGCGGCGAACAAGCAACGCCGACAUAUAAUGUGAACAUCCGCAGUACCCCGAUCGAGGACGAAGGCCAUGACUCCGCGGCCGCUUUGGCUGUUGUAGCCAAUAAGCUGCAAGCACCACCGCCCGUCCUUAGCAAGACCGGCACAGUGCGUGGUCGCAGGAAUCGCCCCGUUAGUAGCUUCGGCGAUGCCUUGCAAGAAACGCCAGUUGCCGAGUCCUCGGAAGCAGCAUCCGAGCAGUCACGAGAUAUCGCAUUCCCCUCCCCGCAGGCUCCUGCGGUGCAAUCGCCCGGAGUAGCCUCAUCCUCUCAACUCCUCGGAUCCAUGCCCGGUGGCUCCGCCGCAGCAGGCACGUUCUCCCCCUUCGCAUUAGGCAUGGGCGGCCAGCAACCCUUCCGCCCCGUCUCCGCCAUCGUGGAGCAGCACACCGGCGACACCGGCUCCAUCCGCUCCGGCAAAUCCCUCACAAGCACCGGCAGCCAGAGCACACGCCACCCGGAACUGCACCACCCGGGCCUCAACUCCUCCAUCGUUGAAACGGUAAACGCCCGCUUCGAGAAUGGCAAACUCCUCACUUCCUCCCUCAUCGGCGAAAUCGCACUGGCCUACAACCCGGCCGACUUCACCUCCCCCUUCGGCUCGGAAACGAUCCGACUGGAGAAUUUCUCGAGUCUGGAGAAAGUCGCGCCGAAUCCGGCUUUCAUCACCCCGGCUUCAGGCAGGGAGGGCGAGUACGCCGUCAAUCUUUCUGGGAUCGCGAAGACGCAGGUGGCGUUUAAAUAUCAAAUCCGAGCUGAUGAUGCAGGCGCCAAUGCACCUUUGCUCGUCACGCCGGCGUUCAAAAUCGAGCCGAACCAGACUUCGGUUAUCAUCAGUUACUCGCUUAAUCCGGGCUUUAACCUGCAUAGCAGAGAGACCUUGACGCUGUCGAAUGUGAUGCUGGCGCUUACGCUUGAGGGGGCGAAGGCGACGACUUGUUUGUCCAAGCCUGUGGGCGUGUUCUCUCGCGAGAGGAACUCCAUCGUUUUCCAGCUUGGCGAGGUCACGCUCAGACCUGGCGCUGCACCGGAGAAAUUACUUGCUCGAUUCGCGACGGAGUCGGAAGCAAAGGGCGGCAGCGUCGAGGCGAGGUGGGAGAUUGCUGGGGAGAAUGCGAUGGGACUGGGCAGCGGGCUUGCGGUAAGCUUGCAGAGCCAAGCCGGCGGCGGCGGCGGGGCGGGCGAUGGUGCGGAUCCGUUCGCAGACGAUGAGGCAAGUGGUGGGUUGUAUCAGGUGUGGAAGGGCGUGCCCGGGGUGAGGAAGCUUACGAGUGGCGCUUACCUUGCGAAGUACGUUGGCGAGCAGGUGUAG